GGAGAACUCUUUACCGUUACAGUCUCUCUCUCUCUGUGUUCACACUUUCACACUCAAUAUUUAAUCGCUUCACUUCCUUAUCAACUUCUCUUGUCUCCUACAGAACUUUCACUUACAUCUCCCAUGGCCGCUUUCACUUUCUUCUUCUUCUCUCUUCUUCUUCUCCAAGCUCUUCGCUUUUCGAGUUCCCAGUCGUUUAUUGGAGUGAAUUAUGGGCAAGUGGCUGAUAAUCUGCCGGCACCGGAAGCUACGGCGAAGCUUCUACAAUCUACGUCCAUACAGAAAGUGAGGCUUUACGGAGCAGAUCCAGCUAUUAUUAAAGCACUGGCUAAUACCGGAAUCGGUAUCGUUAUCGGUGCUUCUAAUGGAGAUAUUCCAGCUUUGGCUUCUGAUCCUAACGCCGCUGCUCAGUGGGUCAGAACAAAUGUAUUGCCUUUCUACCCCGCUAGCAAAAUCGUUCUAAUCAACGUCGGAAAUGAGGUAAUGAUCUCCAAUGACCAAAACCUCAUCAACCAGCUCCUCCCAGCGAUGCAAAACGUCCAAAACGCCCUCAACUCGGCCUCACUCGGCGGCAAAAUUAAGGUCUCUACUGUGCAUGCAAUGUCCGUGUUGACUCAGUCCGACCCGCCAUCUUCCGGGUUGUUCAACCCGAGUCUCCAAGGCCCGAUGAAGGGAUUGUUGCAGUUUCUAAAGGACAAUGGAUCCCCUUUUACCAUCAACCCAUAUCCCUUCUUUGCGUACCAGAGCGACCCCAGACCCGAAACUCUUGCGUUCUGCCUGUUCCAACCCAACGCCGGUCGGGUUGACGCUGGCACCGGGAUCAAGUACAUGAACAUGUUUGAUGCUCAGGUUGAUGCUGUACACUCUGCUUUGAAUGCAAUGGGGUUCAAGGAUGUUGAGAUUGUGGUUGCUGAAACAGGAUGGCCUUACCGCGGAGACCCCAAUGAGGCUGGACCGAGUGUUGAGAAUGCUAAGGCUUAUAAUGGGAACUUGAUUUCUCACCUUAGAUCAAUGGUUGGGACUCCAUUGAUGCCUGGAAAAUCUGUGGAUACUUAUAUCUUUGCUCUUUAUGAUGAGGACUUGAAACCUGGCCCUUCCUCUGAACGUGCAUUCGGCCUCUUCAAACCAGAUCUUACAGUAACAUAUGAUGCUGGUCUUUCCAAGAGUAGCCAGACUCCAUCCACUCCAGCAACUCCAAAAACUCCAGUGACUCCAUCACCAAAACCAAAACCAACAUCAACAGGUUGGUGUAUGCCCAAGGCUGGUGUCCCUGAUGCUCAGUUGCAGGCGAGUCUAGACUAUGCCUGUGGCCAUGGCAUUGAUUGUAGUGCUAUUCAACCAGGAGGUGUUUGUUUCGAACCAAACACUGUAGCAUCGCAUGCUGCUUAUGCCAUGAAUCUUUACUACCAGAAAUCUGAGAAAAAGCCAUGGAACUGUGAUUUCUCACAAACGGCUACACUCACAUCCCAAAAUCCUAGUUACAGUGGUUGCACCUAUCCUGGUGGGAGUACCUGAAAGUUCCAGAUGAAGAAUUUCCCUGGUUUGAUAUAAUAUAAUAAACAACUUGCAAAGUAAAAUAAAGGGUUGUGGUGUAUCUUGUGGUUGGUAUUUAUAGGUUUAAUUGUAAAGCCUUCUUGCUUUGAUAUAAGUAUGUGUUAGUGUAACUCUCAGUCUCUGUUUUAUUUAAGGGUAGAUUGCAGAAAGUUGAUGUGGGAAUUUGUGGGGGAUAAAGUGUAGUUAUGUGGAGAGAAACUUUGGUGAUGGGAAUAAAUCCUUUUGUUGUAUAUUUUUAGUUCCAUGUUUUAAUAAUCUUCAAUUAAAUUCAUGUGAUUUUAUAAGAA